UAAGUCGCGCGGAAAACCAAAAUCGCAAAAUGGCGGCAGGAUUAGGACUUGCUGAGGAUCAGUUCCUUGACAAAGCUGUUGAAGUUUACAGAGAAUAUGCCAAAGCUGCCUCUGUGUCUAAAGCAAGAGUAUCGCUAUUUGAACAAGACUCAAACUCCAACACAGUUGAAAUAAGCAUAGACUCUCAGUGGUCUCAAAGAGAUUUGGAAAGAAAUGAAAACCGUAGCUUUCUUAGAAAUUACAUUGCAAGUUACAACACCACGUCAUUGAGUUUGAGCAACAUCAGGGAACCUUCAUUUCCAGUAGAAAUUCAACACUUACAACUGAGGAGCACUUCUCCCAGUGGAAAAUACCAGGCCAUUGUGCGGAAAGUACCAGGAAACAAGGGACAAGAAGAUAAGCAAUUUCUGGAGAUCUGGUCUCAAAGUCAUCUUGUCAAGAAUGUUGAUGUUCUAGCUUGUGAGAAGCAUGGCAAAAUUUUUGAAGAUGGGCAGUUUGGCUCUCUGGUUUGGUCAGCAUCAGAGAAGUACCUGUUAUAUGUGGCGGAAAAGAAGCUGCCAAAAGCUGUUUCAUAUUUUGAGAAACAAAAAGGUGAUGCUGCAGCAGACAAGCCUCCUCCAGAAAAGGGAAAUAAAUUUGAGUUCAAGGAUGACUGGGGUGAACAGCUUGUUUCCAAGUGUUCCCCUGUGAUUGUUGUCUACGACAUGGAGAGUGAUGAGAUCAGAGUAUUGGAAGGAGUGCCUGAUAACUUGUCUGCAGGCCAAGUCCGCUGGGGUCCGAACGAUGACAGCGUUGUGUUUGUGGGUUGGUUGCAUGAGCCGUACAGACUUGGACUCAUAUAUUGUCCUAUUAGAAAAAAUGCCUUGUACUCACUAUCGCUAGAUGGAAAAAGUCUUGAACAAUUGACUGACCCCAAGUACGCCGUCCACUCACCCCGCUUUAAUCACGCCAAAGAGAAGUUGAUUUACAUAGCUUUGGAUGUUGGUGGAGCACAUUUAAAAUGUGGAAGAUUAAUGCAGUAUGACUGGAUCGCAAAGACUACUUCAACUAUUGUUGAUGUUGUGGACAUUCCAGAAAAAGGCGGAUUUCCAGGGAUAUACAAUUUGUAUUUAACCCUCGCCGAUCGAUGCUGGACGCCAGAUGGGAACAGUGUCAUUUUGUCUACCGUGUGGAGAACUUCUCAGAAAAUUGUUCUCAUUAACUGCAAAGACAAAACGGUUACAAAUUUGACAUCAGCCCCUGGAUCGUGGAGCUUCCUUGAUAUCAAUAGUAACAUUCUUUUAGCUUCACAUUCGUCACCAAACAGCCCACCAAAGUUGAUGGUGGCAACUUUACCACCUGAUAUCCCAGAACCUGGUUUAUCUUGGAUAGAAGUAGCUCAUUCCGAAAUUCUCAACCUAGAGAAUGAAAUUUCAUGGAAGGUGAUGACACUUGCACCCAGCGAGAACGCAGAUUUCAAAGAUGAGUAUGAAGCUGUUUUCAUCAAGCCAGGGUUGAAGGAUGAAACGAAGCCCCCGCUUAUUGUUUUCCCGCACGGAGGACCUCACUCUGCCUUUUUAUCAGAUUUCUCUCUCUCCAGUGCUUGUCUCUGCAAACUUGGAUUUGCUAUCCUCGGUGUCAACUACAGGGGAUCCAUAGGAUUUGGCGAAACACAGCUUCACUCCCUGCCCGGAAACAUCGGAAUACAAGAUGUACAGGAUGUGCAGCGCGCGGCUUUGAAAGUUCUCGGGAGUGGCGAAGUCGACACAUCGAACGUUUUUAUUAUGGGGGGAUCCCAUGGGGGAUUUUUGACAACACAUCUCAUUGGACAGUAUCCGGAUUUCUACAGAGCUGCUGCUACGCGUAACCCUGUUGUAGAAAUAUCUGCGAUGGUGAGUUUAUCAGACAUUCCGGAUUGGUGCUUCUUUGAAAAUGGAGAAGAGUUUCGUCAUGAUGCUGUUCUAGAUGGCCAUACGUUAGUUAAAAUGCUGGAAGAGUCUCCCUUCAGCCUCAUUAAAAAGGUUAAAACUCCAAUUUUGAUCAUGUUGGGAGAGGAUGACCUGCGGGUUCCUCCAAGUCAAGGAAGAAAAUACUACAAAGUUUUAAAAGCUCAAGGAACAAAGACGAGGUUGCUUUCGUAUCCUGAUAACAAUCAUCCUAUCAGCAAAGUCGAGGCCGAGAGCGACUCAUUUAUAAACAUGGCGAGAUGGUUCUUUGAACAUCUGCUGAAGUAACCUCAUUCCUUGAUCAUCACUGGCAGCUUGUCGUGUGGCAUCAUAAUUUUGUGUGUCAAGUGCUGCGUCGUAUAAAAAGUAGACAACUGGAAAUAAAAUUUUUUGCAAGAUAACUUUACCCAGUCGGACGACUACGGCUUUCCGCAAGGAGGGGGUGAGGAAACUCUUUCCAUUUCCCCUCCCCCUCCCUCAACCAUCUUCGCCAAAUUAUAAAGGGCAACAAAAUCUGUCCAGAUAUAUAUUGGAUCGAAAUUGAAAUGAAAGUAAUUUAGAUGUUUCUAGAACUGUCUAGAAGGUAGAUGUAGCUGCUCGAGCUUGCUCGACAGAGUUUGUUUGAACAUUUUGAAAUAUUACAGAUAUGCUUAUAAAGCCACAGUUUGAAAAUAUCAGUAACGAUUAAAUUAAAGGUGUGAGUUAAUUUAAAACA